AUGGCCCAGCUUCGAAUCAAAAUGAUGGACAAAAACGUUGUCGUGAAGUUACGAAGCAAUGCCGUCACCAAAAGCACCAUCAAAACCGUCUUUAUGCUGGCCGAUGAUGCGCUCGUUACAAUGGCUUAUGAAGAAGGCGGGAUCCCGAUAUUAUGCGAGUAAGUUACAUAUUGAACUAUUUAUAAUUAUAAAAAAAUAUUUUAUCUGAUUUAAUUUAAGUUUAAUUAUUUUUUUGAUUGUAUUUCAAUUUUUUAGGGUGGAUGAUACUGGAAAAACGUUUUUGCUUCCUGAUGGAUGGGAAUCUAUGGAGUUUCAUGUUGAAUCGAACCAAGUGCCCUCAAGACCAGCAACGCCGAUGGAUAUCUGUGAGUUUAACAUCAUAUAAUCUUUUUUUAUUAUUAUAUUUUUAGGUCAGAGCACCGCUUCGGUUUAUGUUCCUAUCGGUAUGCACUUUUUAAUGAUUUUUAUUGAGUUCGAUAAGAACCUAAUAUUUAAAGUACUUUAACGUUAUGUUAUUUUCAGAAACUGAUGCUCUUGUUCAUCAACUGGAAAAAGUAUUUGUUUUUACGAGAAAGGCGAUACUAAGGCUUGCUUCACUGUAAUUUCAAUUCAUCAUGCAGUCAGCUUCAAUCAUGGACCUCACCAGAAUUGGAAUUCAAAUUCAGUUGAGGUAUGUUUUUAGUAUCUACAAUUAUAAUCUAAAACACUCGUUUUUGUUUAGAAUCGAACGGCGGUGA